AUGGGCACCCUCAUAGCCGCAGCCAACGCCAAGGCGAACCCCGGCGGAGUCAACGUCGCCCCCCAGAAGGUCGUCGACCAUCUGAAGGCCGCCGUGAAGAGGAUGAACGUGAGGCUGAUCGAGCUGCGCUCGGGGAACAGCACGAAGAUCGAGUACAACACGACCAUCAUGUCCAAGCUGAUCACCACGCAGAACAAGAUUAUCACCGACGAGCUCGAGCAGAAGCUGGGGAUGAACCUCGCGAGCCUGGCGCCCCACUUGGACCUAGAAGGGGAGCUGAAGAAGAGGUCCGAUACGGCCUACCUCGCCGUAAAGAACAAGGUGGACCGGGCGAAGAGGAGCGAGGCCCACAAAGCGGCGAUGAAGGCGACCCCGGUGUACGGCGGGCAAGCGCCUGGCGCCGCUCCCCCUCACGGUGCCGGCGCUGCUGCUCAGUUUACUCAGCAGCAGCGGGCAGCUCCUCAGGCACCAACUGCCCCAGCGCCUGCCCCCGUUCCCCAGCAACCAGCGCCACCGCCGCCGCCGGCCUACACGAAGCCUAAGGUGUACAACGACGUUGACCCAAGAACAGGAUUGCAGAAGCUUCCUACCGACAAGCUGGACUCUGCGAAGAAGCAAGUCGAGCACAUCAACUCCUCGGACGUCGUGGCAGAGGAGGAAACCCGGCUUCGAUCUACCCCCUCCCCCCUGGUGCCACCGGAGAAACCACCGGCCAGCACAUGGUUUCUCACCAACGUGGUUGACCACAGACACGCCUGGUGCUGCCUCAGGGAUGCGGGCGAGAGGGCCGGGAUGCGACGGGUUCUCAAAGAACGCCCCUGGGGGAACCCGCGAGAGCCAUUGGAGGGGGGAAAGGAGGCGGCGGGGAGCGACGUGCUCAAGCUCAUGUCUCUCGCGGCGCAGUACUACCUGAAGAAUAUGCUGGACGAGCUCGCGGUCGUCGCCUACCAGCGGAAGGGGGGGCUGUCCGCAGAACUUCUUUCAGGCGUUGAGUCUCGCCUGCGAGACCCUAGCGUCAAGGAUCCCAAAGCGGAACUUCGUCAGAGCCUGGUGCCGAGGCUUCCGCGCGUUCAGGACCUGCCCAGGGUGACUUUGGAGAGGACGGAGGAGGCGCACCGCAAAGAGUGCGAGGAGAGGGAGGAGCGGUGGGACGUAGAGCUGGCGGACACGCUGACAACCGCGGAAGAGGUCCGGAAGCGCUUGAUCCGUCGCGGCACCAAGAAACUGCCGCCGGGCAGCUUCAAGUGGUGGGAGGACAUGGAGACGAGGGCUAAGUCGGGCUGGCUCUCGAAGGAGCAGCUGGCGGGGUCCGAGUUCGCGCGGAGGGUGGCCGUCAAGCACGGCAUCGGGGUGGUUGCGGCGCUAAUGAAGAAGAAGGAGCUGGCGUCGAAGGAAUCAGCCGCGGCGUCUGCCGCGGAACCCGCGGGUGCCGCCGCCGCCGCCGACGGCGGCGGCGGCGGCAACGCUGACGACCCUAUGGACGUGAGCGAUCGUCCAACAACGGGCGACAGCAGCAGCGGCGGCAGCAGCAGCAAGGACAGCAACGGCAAGGCCGGCAACAAGCGGACGCCGGGUGCCGGGUUGAAGCGGCCCCUCGAUCCCCUCGCCAGCGACGAUGCCGUCGAAACCGUGCGGAAUAUCCGCAGACGGCUGGUGCUUGGAGCGCCCGACGACGGCGACGGCGACGACGAUGCCGAUGACGAUGGUAGAGGCGUGGGGGCGACCCCGCCCUCGGAAGAACAGGAGGCGGGCCUGGAGAUCAACAACGCCGACCUGGCGGAGCUGUUGAGGAGCACGAAGCCGAGAGGGGACCCUCGAAAGUGGGCGAGAGUCCUGUUCCGGGCGCAGAACAGCCGGAAGGGGGUUCACGCGUGA